AUGGUCUUAGUCUCCUUUUCAAGCGCCCUCGCUUUGAUCUGCUGCAUCACCUACCACAUGUUUUUCUGGCGAAAAUACUAUCGUACUUAUCCUGGCUACAAUCAGUACCUCCUCUUGAUCUUCAACCUCGUCCUCGCCGAUCUCCAGCAGCCAGUCGCCUUCCUCAUUACUUUCCAUUGGAUUGCGCAAAAUUACAUACUGGCCCCAACAGCAGCUUGCUUUAUUAAAGGAUGGCUGGUCCAGGUUGGCGAUGUUUCCAGUGGGAUUUGGGUAUUAGCUAUUGCUCUUCACACGUGGUAUACGGUCGUUAGAAAACGCAAGGUAGAAUAUGUCCGCUUUUGCUGCUCCCUUGUGGGGGUCUGGGGUUUCGUCAUUCUCCUAGCAAUCAUUGGACCUAUCGCUCAUCCGAAAACUUACUUUGUGAACACUGGUGCUUGGCGUCUCGGCCUCCUCUACUUUUGGAUUCUCCUCGCGCAGUUCGGUACCGUACUGAUAUACAGCUCCAUUUUCUGUCUUCUGCGACGCCGCAUGAAGCAGGUGCCUCCCGCUUCUCAAUCCGCGAGCUCCGCAUAUAUCAAUCGCGCCGCACGGUUCAUGGUCUUAUAUCCUAUCGCCUACAUCGCCUUCUCGCUGCCACUUCCCGCCGGACGCUUGGCCGUUUGGAACGGUGCGAAAGUCUCUACGACUUUUUAUUGUAACGCAGCAACCCUGAUGACCUCUUGUGGUUUUAUUGAUACCAUCCUGUAUACGCUCACACGACGAGUGUUGGUUAAUGAAAUUGGUCAUCCCGUCCCUCCUUAA